UCUCCCCUCUGAAAGCACAGAAGUAUCUGGCGGGACCCUCGAAUACAUGCCCCCCGAGGCCUUUGCCGAGUCCUACAAGCCAGACCCAGCCACAGAUGUCUACAGGUGGACAGAAGCGUCUGCUGUGGGGCACAAAGGGGUUGGCACAAUUGCAUGAGCACUAUAGAAUUGGGAAAAGCUAUGGGAUCCUCAUGUUCUCAGUGCUAACCGGCAAGGAACCGUAUCCAUCCAACCCUCAGAGAGACAACUCCAUCUUCAGAAUGCAAAUCCAAGAGAAUCAAAGGCCAAACACCCGGGAGCUGGAGGGGAAGAUACACGAGGUGGAGAAACUGGAAAAUCUGAUCAGCCUAAUGAAAAGGUGCUGGCAGAAAGAAAAGGCCCAAAGACCAUCCUUCCAGGUCUGCAGCCAGGAGAUGGAGGAAAUCUAUGCCUGCUACAUGCCGCACAUUGAGACUGCUGUUCGUGAAGUUCAGGAUAGUUUGGCAAAAGCAAAAGUCCUCCCUUUAAGGGUCACUCAGGACCAGGCCGGACAUCAGAGUGGAAUAAAGCGCCCUUGGUCAGAAGUGGACUGUGCCAUGCCCUGUACCAUGGAGACAAAAGAGGAUUCGGAGAGAGGUGCUUCUUCAAGAACAGCUACCAAAGGCUCCAUUUGUUUGGAAUCUCUGCCUUCUGCUGAAAAGCCUGCUGAUCGUAUAAAGAAAUCUAAAGGGAAGUUAACGGAAGAUUUUGCUCUUCAAAGAAAUCGAGAGGCAUUCCUGAAUAUAGCAGAAGAAAACCGUCUUCUUACGAAGGGCGAGUGUUUAUGCCUGAGUCAGAUGAAUGAUGCACAGGAGUUUGUGGAGAACCUGGUCAACACGGUGCUGGAAAAAAAGAAUAAUGCAUAAGUUAUUCCUCUACUGUCUGGAAGAGCUAAGGCUAUGAGCUUGGAAAGAUCUGCCUAUUUCUGAAUAUUUAGAAAACGGUGGCUUAUGCACUGAUUGCUCUUUUUUAAAGAGCCCAUUGAAGUCAGAGAGAAAGAAUCCAAAGCACACAAUUUUCUGCUGCUAUCUUUUUUACUCCCUAUGUGGAAAGCUUUCCAUUUUUUAAAGAAAACAUUACUUCUAAAGUAAUGGAUGCAUAAGAAAUGGACACAGUGCCAACCAAACUGAGCAAUUAGAUUGGAUAAAAUGCCAGUCAAAUAUAAAAUCAAGGUUGGAAUGAACCUUUCUCAGGAGACUAUUUUAUAUUUGUUUCUCUGCCCCUUUUCAUUCACCUUUUCAGUUUGUGCUUUCCUAGUUUUACCACCCCCUCCCCCCUCUCUCCCCUAAUGUUAUGCUCUAUACAGCACUAAUAUCGCACAUGGAAUGUUACUGAUCUACAGAAAAGACUUGACGACCUGAAAAAAAGAGACAAUGCACAUACUUUUGUAAACUAAAAUAUAUUUAAUAAAAAAAUUUUUAAAGAAAAGUUUGCACUUUCCUGACAGGUGCCUUGAGCAACAUCUCUUCUGGGGGACAAAGAGCGUUGGUAAAGUAUUUUAGCUU